AUGUCACAGCAAAUUUGUCGCGGCGACCCAGCCUUGCACGAAUUUCGAUUCCCAGAGAUCUAUCAGUCUCUCCACAACAGUAUUCCCUCAGAGCUGAUCAAUCGCUAUGAUCCUGCAUAUGUUGAACACUACAACAAAUACAACGCUGGACGUUUGCAUACCCACGAGGUUCCAAUCGAGGAGUUUCGCAAGAAUCCCGCCCGUUAUCUCAUCGCGUAUGGCCGUGCUUGUGGUCCAGAUGUCUAUCGCAUAACUGAGCAAACAUGCCCUGUUCAGGGAGGCGAGAUUGCCGUUCGCGUAUUUGAGCCAGCUCCUAAGCAGGAUGAUAAGGGUGAACAGAAGAAGAGAGCAGCCUAUAUCAACUUUCACGGCGGCGGAUGGGUAUUUGGAAAUCUAGGCACUGACCACGAUUUCUGCAAGACCCUUGUUGAUGGUUUGGAUGGAAACCUUGUUGCAUUUGAUGUGGAUUACCGACUAGCCCCCGAAAACCCGUUUCCGAUCCCUAUAGAGGAUUGCUGGGCGGCUUUCAAUUGGAUUCGAACCGAAAAAGCAGCCGAGUUCAAUCUCAAUCCAGCCCAGCUCUCCGUAGGUGGUGUAUCUGCUGGUGGCCAUCUUGCAGCUGUCAUCGCUCACCUUUGUCGCAACGAAGGAAUCCAUCUAGGGUUGCAAGUCUUGACCGUCCCUGUGUGCGACUUGCACACAGUCUUUACACCAGAUGGCAACUUCGACCGUGAGAACUGCCCGUACGAGUCUUACCGAGAGAUGGAGUUUGCUCCAGCACUUCCUGCGGCCCGCAUGGCAUACUUUCACCGACACUUCCUCGGCGUGCCUCGACCUCCACCGUCUGAAGAUGACUGGAAAAUAUCUCCCAUGCUCGCUCCCAAUUUUGCUGGCCUAGCUCCGGCUCUGGUCUCAACAGCCGAGCUUGAUCCUUUGCGUGACGAGGGUGAGGUGUAUGCGGCCAAACUCGCGGCAGCCGGGGUUCGCGUAGAGCUCAAGCGAUAUAUGGGGGCGCCACAUCUACUAAGUGCCCUGGACGGUAUUCUAGAAGGAGGACGACAGUUCAAUGCAGCUGUGAUCGCGGCACUCCAACGGGAGCUCGUGGCGUGA